UGAUUUGGUUUCUAAUUUUUAGCUUUUCAAUUGUUCUUAAUUGUUGGUGAAUUUAUUUUCUUUUUUCUGUGAUUCUAUUGGUUUAGAGGUCAUUCGAUUUUAAUUAUCCUUUUCUAUUGUUUCUUUGUGAGAAAACUCGAGAGAACAAAUUAAAAAAUGUCUGAAGAAAAAUCCGGUGAGAAGAAAAUGUUACCCACAACAGUGAAUAUGAUGAAAAAGCUUUGGACUACAACUCACGGGGUUGUUGUUCAUAAGCAGAAAUUUGACAUUUUAUCCUUUGUUGGUCGAGUUGCUGGUGUUAAUGAUUCUACAACUAAAUGUGCUUAUGUAGUCGAUGAUGGUACCGAUUGUAUUGACGUUCUUGUAUGGAAAGGUGCUGAUGAUAGUAAAGCGAAAACACUUUCUGAGACUAUUGGUAUUGGAACUUAUGUUCGCUGUUAUGGUCAAAUAAGGAAUCAAAAUAAUACGCUUAACUUUGUCGCUUUCAAGGUUGACCCAAUUAAAGAUUUCAAUGAAGUUACUGAACACGCGAUGGAGGUUGUUCGAGAUAAUCUACUUCUCCGAAAGAUUAAAUUUCUUCACCUUGCAACUCGAGGAGAUCCAACCGCUAAUACUAUUCUUUCUGGUUUGAGUGGAAGUGGUGGUGCCACUCCCAUGGAUAUCGGUGAUACUGGAAGUUCCAAUCUACCAAGUGGUAUGAACAAGGCUCAAACAUUGAUUCUCGAGACUCUCAACAAGUGUCAAGUAGAGGAAGGAAUGAGCAGAGAGGAAUUAGCCGGAUGCUUACCAACUCUUGAUUCCAGUACUUUAAACGGAAGUCUUGAUUGGCUUGCAAAUGAAGGUCACAUUUUCACCACACUUAAUGAGCAUCAUUUCAGAAGUGCCUACUAAUCCUGAGUCAUGAAACGAUUACCCUGAUUUGGACGCUAAUCCUCAUCUUUAGACUCCUUUCAAAUUCCAAAGCUUUUCUCUAUCAUCUAUUCCCAAAAAUUCUAUUAUUUUUCUCAUGAAAUAUUUACCUAUAAUCAAUUUAAUUGCCGAGUUUAACCCAAUGGAAAAUCAACAAUUCAACUCAUUCAACAAUUUUUAGAAAAUUUCUCUUCCUUCCUUCCUGUUGUCUAAAUGACUUAACAUUACUUUUUGUUUGGAACUUCAAUCCAAAUCUCAUUUCAUUACUUUCAAAGACUAACAUUUUCACCUUUUUGUUUUAUCUGGUUAUUACAAAAGCAAAACAAAAACCAGAAAUAAAUUCAGUUAUCAAAACUAA